CUUCUUUCAAUGGAAGCCAUGGCAUUUGUUACAGAAGAUAGAAAAGCUGCUCAAGAGUCCACUUUCCCAAAUACAUACACAUUUGACUUAUUUGGAGGAGUUGAUUGUCUUUGCUACUUCUCUCUUGUUACACUUAGCAUGCCUUUACUUAAGUAAAACUUGUAUUUAGAUUAUGUUGUUUUGAAAUUAACACUGGUUUGGUUGCUGGUAUCCUGUCAACUGAGGACAAAAGUCUUCAGCUACCCAAACAAUGUAGAAAGUUGUAUGAAAAUGUUCUAAAUUUCCCUUGUUUUUAAAGGGAAAUAGUGAUACUUCCUGUAGAAGUGCUUUUAACAUAAGAAUGCACAGAAUAAGUGGGGGGAGGAGGGGAUAUUUGGUUGGGUUUUGUUGGUUGGGGUUGUUUGUUUAUUGUUGUUUUUUCUUGGGCUGGAGAUGGUAAAUAUCAAAUACACUGUAAUUAUCUGGUACUAUGGCCAGAGAUUUGGCUGAUACAAGUGAGUUUAAUGCAGUGGUAGAAGCCAGCGCUAUGUGUUUUUGAAAAUCCUACUCCAGGGCUUGAAAGGGAAGUAGUCUAAUCUGCUGGUUCUGUGUAUGCCAUGUGCUGAUUCUAUGUUGCAGUAUUUUGAACUGUGAAGCAUGAGUAGCUUUGAAGGACACUAAAUUUGCAGUAUACUCUGUAUAUGCUAUAAUGUGUGAUAGUAUAUUCCUUAAAAUAUUUUUGGAUUCUGACAGCCUUUACAUCAAGGAAGAACAAAUGCACAUUUGUGUCUCCUCCCUUUAUAUGAAUACAUGUAAAAUAUUACCCGAGAGUACAAACACAUGAACUGAUACACAAGCCUCGUGGACUUUGGAUCUGAAUGCAACCCCAGUCCAAGAAAUAAGAUCUCAUAACUCCCUUUCUGCUCCUUCUGCCUCUGGUGAGGCACCCUGUUACCUAUUCUCUUUCUGCCAUUGGACUCUUGCGCUUCUUGCUGCAUACUGUUGCAGUUUCAGUAGGAUGGCUGAAGAAAGCCCUCUCCAAGGAGUGUCUCACACCACUGCAGUCCAGUCCCUGGAGUGUAUGUGAGGAGCAUACCAGUCCUGCAAGAAUAAGGUGAUAAAUACAUGCUUUUAGUAGAAAUUCUUAUGAGACCUACUCUUAUUACACAGAAAAAGAAACAGAAAAUAAGCGAUGACCUCAUCAAGGACUGUUUAAGCAUACUGUAUAACACGUGUAUAUGUACGGAAGGAGUCACAAGGCGACUGGCAGAAAGAAAUGACUUUGUGUUGUUCCUGUUUACACUGAUGACAAACAAAAAGACAUUCCUACAAACUGCAACACUCAUUGAAGAUAUCUUGGGAGUUAAAAAGGAAAUGAUACAACUGGAUGAUAUUCCCAAUCUUGCGAGCCUUGUGUCCAGUUUUGAUCAGCAGCAGCUUGCAAACUUCUGCAGGAUCCUUGCUGUCACAAUUUCUGAACUUGACACAGGAAGUGAUGACAAGCACACGCUUCUUGCCAAAAAUGCCCAGCAGAAAAAAAACUUGGGUCCUUCUCGAGCUGAAAUUAAUCAAGCUACACUUUUGAAUAUUCCAGGCUUCAUUGAGCGAUUGUGCAAACUGGCAACAAGGAAGGUGUCUGAAACAACAGGUACUUCCAGCUUCCUCCAGGAGUUAGAAGAAUGGUACACGUGGCUGGACAAUGCACUAGUACUUGAUGCACUGAUGAGAGUGGCAAAUGAAGAGGCAGAGCAGAGCAGUACAGAGUCUUCAGAUGAAAGUGGAUUGGCCAACACCUCAACACGAACACAGCUUCCACAGUCCAUGAAGAUCAUGCACGAGAUUAUGUAUAAGCUGGAGGUGUUGUAUGUUCUCUGUGUGCUGCUCAUGGGGAGACAAAGGAAUCAGGUUCAUAAAAUGAUAGCAGAGUUCAGACUGAUUCCUGGCCUCAAUAACUUGUUUGACAAACUGAUCUGGAGAAAGCAUUCGGCAUCAGCCCUUGUUCUGCAUGGACACAACCAAAAUUGUGAUUGUAGCCCAGACAUUACUUUAAAGAUACAGUUCUUGAGGCUUCUUCAGAGCUUUAGUGAUCACCAUGAGAACAAGUAUCUCCUUUUAAACAGCCAAGAACUUAAUGAGCUGAGUGCAAUCUCCCAUAAAGCCAACAUCCCUGAAGUUGAUGCAGUUGUCAACACAGACAGGAGUCUCGUUUGUGAUGGGAAAAGAGGUUUGUUGACCAGACUGCUUCAGGUCAUGAAGAAGGAACCAGCUGAAUCCUCCUUCAGAUUUUGGCAAGCAAGGGCAGUUGAAAGUUUUCUGCGAGGCACCACCUCCUAUGCAGACCAGAUGUUCCUGCUAAAGAGAGGACUCCUGGAGCAUAUUCUCUACUGCAUUGUUGAUAGUGAGUGCAAAUCACGAGAUGUGCUUCAGAGUUACUUUGACCUUCUGGGAGAACUGAUGAAGUUCAAUAUUGAUGCAUUCAAGAGGUUCAACAAGUACAUCAACACAGAUGAGAAGUUCCAGGUAUUUUUAAAUCAAAUCAACAGUUCAUUGGUUGACUCCAACAUGCUUGUUCGCUGCAUUACACUAUCCCUGGACCGAUUUGAGAAUCAGUCUGAUGCUAAAGUUGCAGAAGUCCUGUCAGAGUGCCGCCUGUUAUCGUAUAUGUCCCAGAUGUCCAUGAGAAUGUCCUUUCUUUUCCGUCUCAUUAAUAUUAUUCAUGUACAGACACUUACACAGGAAAAUGUCAGUUGUUUGAACACAAGUUUAGUUAUCCUAAUGCUGGCCCGAAGGAAAGAAAAGCUACCUUUUUAUCUGCGCACUUUGCAACAGAUGGAAUAUACAGAAAAAUACCCAGGCUUCAUCCUGAACAACUUCCACAGUCUCCUGCGAUUCUGGCAACAGCAUUACCUCAAUAAGGAUAAAGACAGCACAUGCUUAGAAAAUAGCUCAUGUAUUAGUUUUACCUACUGGAAAGAGACUGUAUCUAUACUGCUCAGUCCAGACCGGACAUCCCCCUGUGCCAUAGUUAGCUACAUCGACGAGGCAUAUAUGGACAUUGACAGAGACUUUUCUGAGGAGUAGUUCUUCGCUCUGGCUUCUGAUGGACAGCGCUUGGAGGGUACCUCGCAGCCCAUGGAUUUUCAGGGAUACGCUGUGUAGUGUGUGUGUGCGUGUGCGGCUUGGAACUGUGGAGCGUUACUGCAUUGUUAAAACCCCAGUCCCCUCCUGGUCCCCAUCUCUGAUCUCUAAUGGAUGAGACUUUGAAAGCUCUCUGGGCAACACAUUCAGGGAUGUAUCUUCCAGUUGUUCUGGGAUAAAAAGUAAAUCACCUGCAAAAACCAGCCUCUCUAUUUUUUAUUUUUUCUCUCUCUCCCAGUCCAGUGUUGCUGGUCAGAGAUUUUUGUUUUUUGCUGACAGAUGAGGAUACUCUGUAUGUGCCAAUUUAGUUGUGGCUCUCUUUCAUGGCUAUCAGAAUUAGCAAGUCAAAAAGCACAGAAAUUGCCCUCCAAAUGUGAGGUCCAAGGAGCCAGUCUGGGACCCCGACACACCAGCCACGUGCAGAGCCACCAUAUGGACUCCCUUCAUGUGUAACUCUUCUGUUGGGGUUUGGAAUCAGGGGGUUAGGGUUGGUUAGAGUGUGAGUGUGUGUGAGUGUGUGUGCGUGUGUGUGUGCUUUUAAUUCCUGAGAGCCCUAGCUCCAGUCACCUCUUUACCAUCUACUUUUGGAUCAUUUGGUACUAAACCUGUCUGUCUGUGCGUUAGGAGAGAACCUCUGUUCCUGCUGUCUUUCCUGCAGAUCCUUCCCAUCUGAAGGCAUUUUACAAUGCUGCGGAGAACAGAGACAUUUCAGCAGUGGUGGAAUUGCAACAGGGGUUGGCUUUUUCAUGGAGCACUAGCAUUAAAAUGUACUAAUUUUUUAAACUUGCGGCUUGUCCCUUCUUGGGUAACUAAUCUGGUUUUAAAAUCCUUUUCAGGACCAUUGCUCUUGAUGCUAACCUGCUAUACCUGGAAGUCUUAUGUCAGUCUCUGCUUUCAGUCCUUAAUAUCAACACACACAUUAAUCUUGAAGUGCAAUAUUGACUGAGAUGUCAGUUUUUUUCCUGGAUCUAUUUUAAUCAGAAUGCGUUAAAUGCUGGGAACAAACACUCCUGGUUGAAAGUAACUUUGUAGGAUAUGUUGGGGAAGGGGGAAUCAGGUUUUGGCAGUCCUGAUUGCCAAACCUGCAUAUGCCUCGCCUGCUCACCAGUGUUAACUGUGGUGCUCCAAGACAGUCAGAUUCCCAGGAAUUAAAUACAGUCUGAAGUCCUGAGCUACUGCAUUUAAGUCAA